AUGGAUAGCUCCACUAACUCUAAACUCAAGCCUGUCGUCGACCAAGAAGAAGCCCAAGAGAAACCAGGCAGAGAGCGAGGAGGAUGGAUCACUCUCCCCUUCAUAGCUGGGAGCAUGCUGGGGCUGGGGCUAGCAGUCAACGGGACGACCAACAACCUGCUGGUGUACCUGCUCAAGGAGUACAACGUGGAGAGCAUCGACGCCGCGCAGAUCGCCAACGUCGCCCGCGGCUCCCUCAACCUCGUGCCCGUCGCCGGCGCCGUCCUCGCCGACUCCUACCUCGGCUCCUUCCCCGUCAUCCUCGCUGGUGCCGUCAUCAACCUCCUGGCUUUCGUCUUGUUCACGCUCACCGCAGCGUUGCCAUCCUUGCGGCCACCACACUGCACAUCGUCGUCCACCAUCGGGUGCCAGCACGGAUCCCCAGGGCAACUUGCCGUGCUGUAUGCCGCCAUAUUACUUCUUGCCAUUGGCACCGGAGGCACACGUUUCAACAUCGCAACAAUGGGUGCGGACCAGUUCGCCAGCACGCACGAGCAGGACACCUUCUUCAACUGGUACUUUGUCUUCCUCUACGGCUCCUUCAUCGUUGGGGACACGGCCAUUGUCUACAUCCAGGACGGCGUGUCAUGGGCCGUGGGGUUCGGUGUCUGUCUCGCCACAUCGACGUUUAGCUUGGUGAUGCUUCUUCUGGGCGCACGGUACUACCGGAUGCCCGUAACAAAGGGCAGCCCCUACACAGACCUGGCCCGCGUCGUCGUGGCUGCAGUGCGCAAGGCUAGCGUCCAAGUCGACGCACAUGGUGGUGUGCGGUACAACGUAGGAGACGGCGCCUUCGUGACAUCCGGCAGCGACGGGGCACCAAGUAAAACCUUAAGAUUUCUGAAUCGAGCUGCCAUGAUCACUGCAGCAACUGGAAGCGACAGCUCACGGGGUGAAUCAGGCCGUGGCGCCUGGCGGCUGUGCACGGUGCAGCAGGUCGAGGACCUCAAGUCCCUCCUCAGCGUCUUCCCACUGUGGUCGUCCGGCAUAAUGGUGAGUGUGUCGAUCGGAGUGAUGCUUGGCAUGAUCAUCCUGCAGGCCCUCGCCAUGGACUGCUCGCUCGGACCACACUUCAACAUCCCGGCGGGGGCCAUCCCCGUCUGCUCCCUCGUCGGGUUCAUUGUGGCCACCCCGGUCCUGGACCGUGCCGUCUUCCCUCUCUGGCAUAGGAUCACCGGCACCCCAGCGUCCCCGCUGCAGCGCGUGGGCCUCGGCCAUGUGGUGAACGUUUCAGGCAUGGUCGCCGCCGCGCUGGUGGAGCGCCGGAGGCUUGGCAGCAUGCACGCGCACCCCGGUGCGCCCAUGUCCGUGUUGUGGCUCCCGCUCCCGCUGAGCAUCGUCGGGGCCGGAGAGGCCCUGCACUUCCCUGGGAACAUGGCCUUCUACUACCUGGAAUUCCCCAAGAUGCUACGGAGCCUGGCUACGGCCAUGGCGCCGCUGCUCAUCGCAAUGGGGUUCUACAUAAGCACGGUGUUCGUAGAUGUGGUGAGGCGGGUCACGGCGUGGCUGCCGGGGAACAUAGACCAAGGGAGGCUAGACAACGUGUAUUGGACAUUGGCGGUGGCAGCGACACUCAAUUUUGGCUACUUCCUCGUCUGCGUCUGGCGAUACAAGUACCAUAGCCGAGGGACGAGGGUGGCAAUGUAG